UUCCACCCUCCACCUGAACUCCUCUUCAGAUAGCAGAUAUUGACUGGUUUUCUGAGCAGCAGUGCAGAUAUGAGGGUGGCGAUUGCGGUCUUGUGUCUGAUGUGGCUGUGCUCGUGUGAGAGCCGCACGCUGGGUCGCUGUGAGGUUGUCCGUAUCUUCAAGAAAGAGGGACUUGAUGGAUUUGAGGGAUUCUCGCUUGGCAACUACGUGUGCAUGGCCUACUGGGAAAGCAGGUAUAAGACCCACAGAGUGCGUUCAGCUGAUGUUGGAAAAGACUAUGGGAUCUUCCAGAUUAACAGUUUCAAAUGGUGCGAAGAUGGCACUCCAGGUGGAAAGAACCAAUGCAAAGUUCCCUGUUUAGAUUUGCUUCAGGAUGACCUGAAGGCUUCAGUUAAAUGUGCAAAGCUCAUUGUGAAAACAGAAGGACUGAAGUCAUGGGACACCUGGGAUAGUUACUGUAAGGGGCGUAAGAUGUCACGCUGGGUGAAAGGUUGUGAAGAGCACUCAUAAGGCCUUGAUUGCCUGCAGGAGAUUAUCUAUCUAAUUAUCUAUAAUGCUUUCAGAUUAUGUACUAAUGCAUUUAAACUCUUGGUUGAUGUGACUUUUAAAUCUAAAAGACAUUGUCAUUAUUACCAUUUGUGACCUUGAUCUUGAGAUGUAUAUUAAAACAUCUUCCCAAAUUGUUAA